CGCAGGACCAGAGCAUCAGGAUCUUACACGCAGGAAAAACACGCGAAUGUGAAGGAGUGUAAAGGAUGAAGGAUGCGUUCGCUGGAAAAGGUUGCGCGAAUUGCAUGAAGAACAGUGCGAGGAAAUCUUAAACGUAACUGCCAAGGAUUAUACCAAGGCUUUUUUUUUUUUUUCUCGUGGAAAAGGGAAUACCAGGAAUGGGAGAUUUGAUAUUGCAUCAAUGCAGGAGAGAAGAUCCGACAAGAACACUGGCCAGUGAAUGAGGAUUGCUCGGGGGGGAACAGAGCGCGUGUAUGUGUGUUUUUUCAAUGACAGGCGUAAUCAGGCUGUGUUUGAGGGUCUGAAGGCAGGGGGAACAUCCUGGAGAAGAUUGUUGUGUACGUUGGCAUCUAGCAGAAGCAGCAGCGGCAGCCCUUUUAUCGGAUCAUGUGGUUAGCGGUGCACAAAAACCGUCUCCUUUUGCACCAUCAGGACUGCUGUGGUGGCAGGGCUUGUGCCAAUCGCAAUGUCUCACUGUGUAUCUGGAUUUUUUGCUGGUCUAUGAUGCUCGUCCGAGGACAAGGCUACUACCCCACCGUGAAUACACAGUAUGGGAAAUUAAGGGGCAUGCGGGUUCCAUUGCCCAGCGAGAUUCUGGGACCAGUGGACCAAUAUCUGGGUGUGCCGUUUGGCGCCCCACCUGUAGGGGAGAAACGUUUCCUACCCCCCGAGCCGCCCUCCUCUUGGUCGGGGAUCAAGAACGCCACUCACUUUGCGCCGGUGUGCCCACAAAACAUUCACAAUGCCGUUCCGGAAAUCAUGAUGCCGAUCUGGUUCACAUUCAACUUGGAUAUAGUUGCCACGUACAUACAGGAUCAAAACGAGGAUUGUUUGUAUCUAAACAUCUAUGUUCCAACGGAGGAUGACAUACGAGACACUGGAGCCAAACCUGUGAUGGUGUACAUACACGGAGGAUCCUACAUGGAGGGCACUGGGAACAUGAUUGACGGAAGUGUGCUGGCCAGUUAUGGGAACGUCAUUGUUAUUACACUCAACUUUCGAGUUGGCGUCUUAGGGUUCCUCAGCACAGGAGACCAGGCUGCUAAAGGGAAUUAUGGGAUUCUGGAUCAGAUUCAAGCUCUGCGUUGGAUCAGCGAGAACAUUGGCUAUUUCGGCGGCGAUUCCAAUCGCAUCACUGUUUUCGGAUCAGGCAUUGGUGCCUCUUGUGUGAGUCUGCUGACCCUGUCACACCAUUCUGAAGGACUGUUUCAUCGUGCCAUAAUCCAGAGCGGAUCGGCGUUGUCCAGCUGGGCUGUCAACUACCAGCCGGUGAAGUACACAAGGCUUCUGGCAGAGAAAGUGGGCUGUAAUGUGCUGGACACUCUAGACAUGGUGGACUGUCUGAGAAAGAAGAGCGCUCGAGAAUUGGUGGAACAAGACAUCCAGCCGGUGAGAUACCAUGUAGCCUUCGGGCCAGUCAUUGAUGGUGAUGUCAUUCCUGAUGACCCUGAGAUACUCAUGGAGCAGGGCGAGUUCCUAAACUACGACAUCAUGCUGGGUGUUAACCAAGGCGAGGGUCUGCGCUUUGUGGAGAACGUUGUGGAUUCUGAAGAUGGGGUCUCAGGCAACGAUUUUGACUUCUCAGUCUCAGACUUCGUGGAUAGUUUAUAUGGCUACCCAGAGGGGAAGGAUACACUUCGAGAGACCAUUAAGUUCAUGUACACAGACUGGGCAGAUAGAGAUAACCCUGAAACACGACGUAAGACUCUGGUGGCACUUUUUACCGAUCAUCAGUGGGUGGAGCCCUCAGUGGUGACAGCAGAUCUUCAUGCCCGGUACGGUUCUCCCACUUACUUCUACGCCUUCUACCACCACUGCCAAAGCUUGAUGAAGCCCGCCUGGUCAGAUGCAGCCCACGGCGAUGAGGUGCCCUACGUCUUUGGUAUCCCCAUGAUUGGCCCGACCGACCUUUUCCCCUGCAACUUCUCCAAAAAUGAUGUCAUGCUUAGUGCUGUCGUCAUGACCUAUUGGACAAACUUUGCCAAAACUGGAGAUCCUAACAAGCCAGUGCCUCAAGAUACCAAGUUCAUCCACACUAAGGCCAAUCGUUUCGAAGAGGUGGCCUGGUCCAAAUACAAUCCAACAGACCAGCUAUACCUGCAUAUUGGCCUGAAGCCACGUGUCCGCGAUCACUACCGCGCCACUAAAGUGGCGUUCUGGAAGCACUUGGUUCCUCAUCUGUACAACCUACAUGAUAUGUUCCACUAUACGUCCACCACCACCAAAGUGCCACCACACGAGACGACUCAGAAUUCCCUGUCCACCAAACGCCCCUGGCCGUUCAACACCAAGCGCCCCCCAAUGUCUCCGGCCUACAACAGUGAGAGUGGAAAGGAACAAUGGAAUGGAGAAGAGGAACCAGGCCCUUUAGUGGUGGACAACCCGCGGGAUUACUCUACCGAGCUGAGCGUGACUAUCGCAGUCGGGGCUUCACUACUCUUUCUCAAUGUUCUGGCAUUUGCAGCUUUGUACUACCGUAAGGACAAACGUCGGCAGGAGCAGCACCCACAACCUAGUCCACCGCGAACCACCACAACUAAUGACAUGAACCGGCAUGCCCCCGAGGAGGAGAUCAUGUCCUUGCAGGUCAACCGGACGCACCACGAGUGUGACGCUGGGCCACCUGGUGACCCCUUAAGGCUAACUUCACUUCCUGACUACGCGUUGACGCUACGCCGCUCACCUGACGAUAUCCCACUCAUGACUCCAAAUACCAUAACUAUGAUCCCCAACUCGCUGGUUGGCAUGCCAAAUCUACAUCCGUACAACACCUUCACAGCUGGCUUCAACUCCACUGGCCUGCCACAUUCCCACUCCACUACGCGUGUAUAGCUUUACGAAGAUCCAGAAAUUGGGAGGGAAGGGGAGGGAGAGGUUUAGGUUCUAUGGAAACGUCACUGCGAGAUGAGGGGGAUCGGGAUGAUGACAGAAACAAAACGAUUUGAAUAGACUUUUGCAACAAGGAGCGACAAGUUUUUUCCAGAUGUCAAGUUGUGCGAACCUGCCAAAACAGAACUGCUCUCUUUCCUUUGAAAAGGGACGAGUAUUUCAAGCAGUAUUUUUUCUAAUCAUCAUUUUAAAAGAGAAACAUGCCUUUUUAAGCUGAUAUCAUGCAAAUGGGGCGAUCACUUUUUUCUUGAAUAAAUAAUGGGGGGAAAAUCAAAGUAAAGUGCAUUUUAUUUCCCAUCACAGUCUUUUGUGGGAAACAAGUUUCAAAACAGUGGCCUCUAAGGUGCUGGAUCUGCGUAAUAUUGUUUGCUUUGCUUUUUGAUUUCUUUUCAAUGCCUUAUAAAGAGCUUGUUUUUUCUCUCUCUCUCUCUUAAUUUGACAAACUUUCCCUGAGAUGAGUUUGUGUGGAACGUUGUGAUCUGACUUGAGUGGUUGGAACUGCAGGAAAUAUUGGACAAACAUGGAACACGGUGGAUUAAAACAGCAACAGCAACGCAUUUUCCAGAUGCAUAACCUCACGUGUGGUGUUUUAACAUUUUUUUCUUGGUUCCAAUAAAAAUGGACAAGACUGGAGACUUUUAAAGUUACUCCAUUUGUUUUUGUUUAAAGAUAAGUGCAUCUUUUACAACGAAAUUAUCUAUCAGUGUCGGAUCUCCAUGAAAUGCACACUUACACAAAACGCUCAGAGCUCAUAUUUCUGUGUGCGAGUGAGAUUUUGAGUAUGAAUGGGAGUGUUUGAGCUGUGUGUGUGUGUUUGAUUGCAUUUUUCAUGUUUUUAGUUAAAUAUUUGUG